AACAGGCAGGCAGCUAGGCAAGGCCAGCAACCAAAGCAUCACGCCAGCACGCCGCGUGCGACCCUCGAGCUUGAGCUUGACACCACCACCAGCACGCCCGCGUGCCUGCCAACUGCCAUGGCUCCCACGGCGCCGACGCAGCGGCCGACGAUGCGCCACUCCUCCGCGUUCCUCAUCCCUCCUUCGCCCCCACCGUCCUCCUCGUCGCCCGCGCCUGGUCCCGAUCCCGAUCCCGACGACGACGACGCCACCGUCGCGCUCGUCGUCCUCAACCAGCCGCUGCCCCGCUUCGCGCCCCUCCUCUGGUCCCGCGCGGCGGCGCGGGUGUGCGCGGACGGCGGCGCCAACCGCGUCUUCGACGGCAUGCCGGCCCUGCUCCCUGGCCAGGACCCCGACGAGGUCCGCACGAGUUACAAGCCAGAUGUAAUCAAAGGGGAUAUGGACUCAGUAAGACCGGAAGUGAAGGAACAUUAUUCUAACUUGGGCACCAGAAUUGUUGAUGAAUCACAUGAUCAGGACACCACGGAUUUACACAAGUGCAUAGCUUUUAUAGCAGAGAAUUAUCCUGCCUCUAACAAAUCUAACCUCAGCAUCCUGGUCCUUGGAGCUCUUGGGGGAAGGUUUGAUCACGAGAUGGCAAACAUCAAUGUGCUUCAUCUCUUCCCAAGCAUCAAUAUCGUCCUCCUAUCAGAUGAUUGUCUGAUCUUUCUGCUCCCAAGAACACACACCCACGAGAUUCACAUCGAACGGUUGAUCGAGGGACCCCACUGCGGGUUGAUCCCCAUCGGCAUGCCCUCCACUAGCACAACAACCACGGGGCUCCGAUGGAAUUUAGAUAAUACCAGUAUGAGCUAUGGAGGAUUGAUCAGCACGUCAAACAUCGUGGAAGAGGACAAGGUUACCGUCGCCUCGGAUUCUGACCUUAUCUGGACAAUAUCGCUCCGGAAGUGAAUCUACUACACUAAGUAUAGAAGUACCAUUAUGUACAGUUGUACACAAAUGCAAUGUUCCAGUUUUGUCUCAUGUAUUUCACACCAAGGUGAUAUAUCUGACUUCCACCGGCAGAGAGGUGAAUAUAUUCUGUUGCAUUCGAUAUUGCAAACCUGAUAUAAUGUUCAUGUGUAAUUUGGCAGUUCUGGUAACUAGAUUCGGGAUAUGGCUUUGUGCCUUGUACAAAGUUCAACUAUGGCCUUGUUUAGUUAAAA